ACGUCCACUCGUACUGAGGUGUAAUGUAAAAAAAGUUUAUCAUUCUCUCGGAUAUUAUGUUGCAUGUCACUACCUGUUCGACACCCUUAAAAAACAUCUGAUGAUCUAGAUUGCUACUUUUUGGACCAUAAUUAUCAGGAGUAUUGGUGUAAGGUAUCGACUGCAAUAUCACGAAGCAUGCCGACUAUGGUUGAGAGGAAACAUUUGAAAUAACUUUUGUACGUUUAUAUACGACUGAUGGUGCUUUUCUUAACUUUGAUCAGUAGUCCUGUAAAUUACACUUUUUAUUAAUUCGUUUUUAAACGAGAUAACGAGGCUUUCUCAUGACUUGAAAGGAAUUCGUGACAGACAAAUUGUUUUUAUAAAACGGGAUUCAUUUAUACUAAAAAAUAAAAAUGACGUCGGAGCCAUUUACUCACUCGAUGAAGUUGCAGUACUUCCUCCUUUUGGUCUUGAUAACGAUGAUCCAACCUCUCCCCGCCGGGAGCAGAGCCGUGGUCAACUGGCCACUCGUAGCCAGUGACUUGACAUCGAUGGAUGUCGAUGAUCACCGUCGGUUGAGGAGUGCUCCUAUGAUUCCGAUGUCGACGAUAAGAGCGACUACGAGUAAUGACGAUGAGGAGACCAGGGAUCCAUGGCAAAUCAAUCAAAAUCUAUGCCCACCAUCCCUUGCACAUUUAUGCAACAUCAAGCAUCGAACGCCAAACGGUGAAACUCAAAACUCUUUCGUGACACCGUUUUUCGAGGGCGACAUUGUCCUGGACUGGGAACAGAGAAGGAAUCUUGGGCUAGCCGGCAUGCAUUCGAUGUCGUCACGAUCUGGUUCUCGACAUCGCCCACGGCGUGCUAUCAUCAAAGGUCGUGAUCGUCGAUGGCCAGACGCCAUCAUACCAUACACCAUCGAUUCAGAUUUUAAUCAUGAAGCUGUUAAGCUGAUCAGAUCAGCCCUGAGGCACUGGCAGCAGAAUACCUGUAUCAGAUUUGUCCACAAGGAAUCAUCUCAUCAAGAUUAUUUGAGAUUUGCUUACAUUCCAGGAUGCUGGUCGUUUAUUGGUCGACAAGGUGGAGAGCAGCUGAUAUCAAUGGGACCAGGUUGUAAUGUAUUCAACACCAUCGUUCAUGAACUCGGGCAUGCUAUCGGCUACUGGCAUGAACAGUCUCGUCAAGAUCGAGACCGGUACAUUCAGGUGGUCCAGCGGAACAUCGCCCAGGGUACGGAGGAAAACUUCAACAAGAUCGCCAUCGCCAACGUCACCUCGCAGGGAUUUCCCUACGACUUCGCCUCCAUCAUGCACUACUCCGCCAACGCCUUCAGCGCCAAUGGCAAACCUACUAUACGGAUGAAGAAGAGGUACCGUGACCUCCUUCCCGAGGUCAGCGCAAACCUUGGCCGACCUAGCAACGGGCUGAGCGAGCUGGAUAUCGCACAGACAAGAGGGAUGUAUGAGUGCAAUGUGAGAGCUGCCAAGAAACAGAAAAAAGGGCCCUGUAUCCAGAGCGAAAGUGGCGACGGAAGAGAAUACCGCGGGGACAUCGACUUCACCGAGACCGGUGUCACCUGUCAAAGAUGGACGUCGAAAUACCCACACGAACACGGCUUCCUAUCGGAGGACGAAGCCAGCAACGAGGGGAGGGGUAUCGGACAUCAUAAUUUCUGCCGGAACCCUGGGGGUCAGAGAUUGCGACCAUGGUGUUUCACUACGCUCGAGAGGACAAUCUGGGAGUACUGCGACAUCAAAAUUUGUCCAGCGUUGUAAUACAUGUACAUGAACUGACAUGGUACUUCAUAUUAAAAUGUUAGAGAAUUUGUUAUUAUUUUUUUUUCCAAAAAAAAAAAAAAUGUUCCUUGAGAUGCGGUUUUCAGGCUCAUAAGUUAAUUAAUAUUCUGCAUCUAAAUGUUUUCUUUCCCAACUUUAGCUCUUAAUGCCUUUUCAUCUCUAUUUCUCCAUAUAUUCAUCUCCUUAAUUCUUUAUUUCAGUCUCGCUCUCCCUCUCCCCUAUGGCAUUUGCUCUGUCAUCCGUCUCUCUGCUUUAUGAGAUUGUUUGAGUUUAUCUUCUCUCUAAAUUUCUCCACUCUCAAUUUUUCUUUUACGAUUCUCUCGUCUGCUUCUCCGUCUGUCUGUCACUUUCGCUCCCCCUGCCUUUCUAUCUGUCACCGACUUUUUCUCUCUCCCUCUCUUCUCUCUCCACAUUAUGAUACUUUCUCUGUUCCUUUUGCUUUUUGAAAAUGUGAUAAUUGAAAUAAAUUUGUGCAAAAAUAACGCAUCCUUUCAGGCAUGAUACAGAAAAGUAUCCAUCCACUCUGUUGUUGUAUGAUUGUCAAAAGUAUAAAUUUAUUAAAAGUCUUAAAUAUCUUUAAACUUCAUCAAGUAUACUAUUUAUUUGCAUUGAUAAUUUGAAAUUAAACAUCAUUUUGUACAUAGCAA